UGCGCCAGUCCCGAUACUUGUCUUCGUUUCUGCUGUGAGUGCCGGUGCGUCCGUCGGAGGCGCUGCGCGCGCGCGGCCGACUUUAACCCCGUUCGUUCGCUGGGUGGCCGAGUCGCCACCCUCAUACCCCGUUCUCUUUCUCUGGUUUCAACAGCUUAGUUUGGUUGUCGCACCGCAGCACCAGGAUUUUUCGUUUUUGAGUUGUUUGCGUGCCCGGUAAACGUCCGAUUUUGUUGCCUUUUGCCAGCGGGACCGCUUCUCUUUCUCUUUCUCGAUCGGUUUUGCUUUCCGUACGGCGGAUCAGCGCCAGCCAGCCAGCGAUGCAGUGCCGUGAGCCAGUGUGCAGGCGAGUGGUGUGCGGGGCGGACGCGGCGGCGGCAGACACGGCCUCCAGACCCCAUGAUUAGAGAGGCGGUGGCCCUCUACUGCGGCGGACGUUCUGCUCAGUGGUGUGGUCUCAAGACCAAGAAGAAGGUUAGAAGGGUCAACGACAACAGUUGAGUCGGCGUUGGGCUAUUUGAAAUUCACGUACACUUCUGCAAUGGCCGCCUAAGAAAGCGAACGCGACGCCGACCGACCCAAUCUCAUGGCAGGCACCGUUGCAGCUCUGGUUGUGUUUUGGCAAUGACGAGAAGCAUAAUCGACUUCGACAGCCCCCUCCUCUGCCUCCGAACACCAUCGCGGCCAGGUCAGCAUCUGCAGCCGCAAAAGCGAGCUUCGCCAAGCUAACCGCCCCCAGGACCAUGUCGGUCCUGGUUUCGCCUUUUGCCACCCUGCUCUCGUCUUUGCUGAUCCUGCUGUGCAUCUUUGUGUUGCCCGGCUAUUGCUCAGAGGACGAGGAGCGGCUGGUGCGAGAUCUCUUCAGAGGCUACAACAAAUUGAUCCGGCCUGUUCAAAAUAUGACACAAAAGGUGGACGUCAGAUUCGGCCUCGCAUUUGUACAACUUAUCAAUGUGAACGAAAAGAAUCAGAUCAUGAAGUCCAACGUUUGGCUGAGAUUGGUCUGGAGCGAUUACCAGCUGCAGUGGGAUGAGGCAGAUUACGGUGGCAUUGGAGUACUAAGACUUCCUCCAGACAAAGUUUGGAAACCAGACAUUGUACUCUUUAACAAUGCUGAUGGUAAUUACGAAGUUCGUUACAAGUCCAACGUGUUAAUCUACCCAAAUGGGGAAGUUCUGUGGGUUCCACCUGCCAUUUACCAGAGCUCGUGCACAAUUGACGUAACCUACUUCCCAUUCGAUCAGCAGACGUGCAUCAUGAAAUUCGGGUCAUGGACUUUCAAUGGUGACCAAGUGUCCUUACAGCUAUACAAUAACAAAAACUUCGUUGACCUGUCUGACUACUGGAAAUCAGGCACAUGGGAUAUUAUCGAGGUGCCUGCGUAUCUAAAUGUGUAUAACGAGCCCAACGGUUCGCCCACCGAGACAGAUAUUACUUUUUACAUCAUCAUUCGUAGGAAGACAUUGUUUUACACUGUGAACUUGAUACUUCCUACAGUGCUGAUUUCAUUUUUGUGCGUGCUAGUGUUUUACCUGCCAGCCGAGGCCGGCGAGAAAGUGACACUAGGAAUCAGUAUUUUGCUCUCGUUGGUUGUGUUCCUUUUGCUAGUCUCUAAAAUCCUGCCUCCGACGUCGCUCGUGCUGCCGCUGAUCGCCAAAUACCUCUUGUUCACCUUCAUCAUGAACACCGUGUCCAUCCUGGUCACCGUGAUCAUCAUCAACUGGAACUUCAGGGGGCCGCGCACGCACAGAAUGCCCAACUGGAUCCGCGUAAUGUUCCUCAGGUAUUUGCCUGCCCUGCUCUUCAUGCGGCGCCCGAAGAAGACGCGGUUACGCUGGAUGAUGGAGAUGUCCAGCAUGAACGCGCCGCCCCACCCGUCGUACGGCUCGCCCGAGCUGCCCAAGCACAUGUCCGCCAAGAGCAAGAUGGAGGUGAUGGAGUUGUCCGACCUGCACCACCCCAACUGCAAGAUCAACCGCAAGUCCAGCGGCUCCGGCGUGCCGGACCGCGACCUGCCCGGCUCAGGGGUCGGCGGCGGCGGCGGCCGCCGCGAGAGUGAGAGUUCAGACUCGCUGAUCCUUUCUCCAGAGGCCUACAAAGCGACUGAAGCCGUCGAGUUCAUUGCCGAACACUUGCGGAACGAGGAUGAGUACAUACAGAUUCGCGAGGACUGGAAGUACGUCGCGAUGGUGAUUGAUCGUCUCCAACUUUAUAUUUUCUUCCUUGUUACAACUGCUGGCACAAUCGGAAUCCUCAUGGACGCUCCCCACAUAUUUGAGUAUGUUGAUCAAGAUAGAAUAAUAGAAAUCUACAGAGGCAAGUAAGAGACACUUUGCCAAAGCGAAUUAACACUUGUUACUAGUAUGAAGGUGAAGAAGAUCUGAAUGAAAAAUAAUUACUGCGAAAACCUAAGUAAAGAGAUUAAUGUUCUUUGUUAUUCUAACGUAAUAUUAAAAGGAACUAUCGAUUAAAAAACUAAUGUUUAAAACCUAAAAAUCGUGGUGAGCCUGAACUACGGAUUAAAUAAUAACUAUACAAUUAAUAAAAAAAAAACAAGCAGUGAAAAAACGAGAUGUUUUCAACAUACAUACUUGGUUCCAACUGCUUAAAGCUGUGUGGUUGUUUCGAAUGUCAUUAACGUAAAUGUGUAACAAUACUGGCAGACAGAAGCUCUUUUUCACACACGAACACACUCGCCGACAGUCAGCGCCGCCGCUCUCUUUGGGCCAGUCAGAUUUUGAUCGUUCGUUUUGAAUAAUCUUUAAAUGAAAUUAGUCUCCUUCGAUCGACGGGCCACUUAUUUGUAAAAACGGUGAAAACAUCAAAUUUGAAAGGCUGGGCGUGAGAUCUUAUCGAAAUUGUUAAUUUCGGGACUGUGCUGAAGCAAGACCGCGUGAAAUUGAAAUUAAAUACUUGUUACACACAAACAAGCGGGCAUAAUUUGCAAAGCGGCGUUGGCUGCAUCAAACGGCGGAUGAAAUGUGUUAGCCUAACAUUUUAUACACAAUUAUCAGUUAUUUGAUAUUUGAUAUGAAAGCGGAGAAACAGACACAUUUACACAAAAACGAAGAAACAUCAAAAACAUUCUCACACACUUUCACAGCGAGGCUCACUAUUUAAAUAAAAUAAAUAUCUAAAUAAAAAGCGCAAAUAACAUGGUGCUUACGAAUUCCUGUGCACUACUUUUGAGGGAGAGAUAGCAGAGCAGGGCCAAAAAUUAUUUCGGACUUUUCACGAGGAUGCGCGAUAUUUUUUGACGCGACCUUCUGCGGACUCAGGGGGUUAAUCUUCUCUUUUGCGGGGACACGACAUGUGCGUGGGCGCGGCAGCGGUCGCAGGAGUGAGUAGGCACCAUAAUCAAGUCUAUGUGGGAGGAAGAAUAUUCUUAAUGCCAUACAUGGGUGCGCUCAACAAUUUUGCGCUCGCGCUCGCGCUCGCGAUCACUGGCAACAGUGCGCUCGCGCUCUGCGCUCGCGCUCAAGAUUUUGAAAAUGUUGCGCUCGCGCUCUGCGCUCGCGCUCAAAUUUUUAAAAAGUCUUGCGCUCACGCGUUGCGCUCAAAAAUAUUUUUAUCCGAAGAAAAAUGCGACUUUUAAGACAAUUUUUUAAUAUAACAAAAAAUACAUCGGCAAUUGGAAAUGAUAAAGUUGAAGUUAAAUCACCAAAAUUGGGAUCAGUUUUGAAGUUUUUGGUAUAAAAACACUGUUUUUCAUUACAAUUUUUGAUCAAAUUCGGGAAUUUUUACUUUUGGUUUGAGCGCAAAAUGAGCGCAAUUGAGCGCUGCGCUCAGCGACCAAUGCGCUCGCGCUCUGCGCUCGCGCUCACGAUUUUGAAAAUCGUGCGAUCGCGCUCUGCGCUCGCGCUCAUGAGCGCAGAGCGCGAGCGCAGAUCGCAGAGCGCAAAUUGCGCUCUGCCCAUGUAUGCUUAAUGCAAACAAUUAAAGCUGAGAACAAUUGUGUGCAUAAAUCAUCUUAACGCAUGAGUUACACUUAUAUUAAAAAAAUUGUGUGUAAUUGAUAUCGAUAUUCAAUAAAAUUACGAAUAAUGUCAUUAAGUGAAGCAGAUUAACGAUGAUUAAUAACCCGCCGCCGCGAACGAGCAGUUAAUUGAUGAUUUUUCCGGUAGUCUCUCGUCGGUGUCAUGUUCGUUUGUUUCCGAAGUAAUGACUGACUUUGAUUUGUUGGCAGUAUUUUAAAUUAAUAAGCAGAGACAAAAAAAGAAGAAGAAAUGCAAAAACGCUGUAAACAAUACUCUCUCUACGAAGAUAAAUUUAUAAAUACAUUAUAAUUAUUACCACAAUAAUGAUAACGAUGCUUGUUACAAUAAUGAUAAUUUAUUGACGAGUUAAUUAAAACACGUUAUUGGUAAGGUAAAAAACACCCAAGGCAUCUCAUGUUGACUAAGUUAAUACUGCUGUAUGUGUGAGUUUUGCUGCGUGUAAAUGGCUGAAUGUGAGGAUGCAGACUACUAUUGUUACGGUUCAUUGAUUAAUUGAUUAAUGCCUUCUGCGCAAUCGGCGCCAUCCAAAGUUUUCCUACUCAGCGCCAAAUGUGCAGGCAGCGCCGCCAACGGUUCGCAAAACUAAAAAAAACUUCGUGGUUCAGAAUGUUUCACCUCCUGAAGUAAAAAGCAAAUUUAAAUUAGCUAAAAUUUUUAAUAAUGAAUAAUAAGAAAAAAUUAAUUACUGUUAAUUGAGGCCCUCGAAAAUAAUAAAAGAGUGCGGCCCCGCCGACAAAGGAAACGAUUGUGGCAAAUAGGAGCGCUGCUUGCAUAUGCGGCGUAGCAAGCCACAGCUAAUUAAGCAAUGCUCUGAAUACACAGGCGAGAUCCAAACACACACACACACACACACACACACAGGGGUGGAUGAGCUACUAAAAUAAUUAUAUACGCGUACUACGCCAGUACAAUGGAUGUGUUUUAAAGAAAUAAAUAAUUAAAGUAAAAAAUAAACGAUAUCCUCUGCGAUUGAAUUUUAAUGUCAGUAGUUGAAAGUGGCUAAAAACGGGUUAUUCGGUGUGCACGUUUUAAUCAAUACAAAUAUAAUCAAUGUUCUUAUCAUUGUUGCCAUCCCUUUAGUCUUGGACGCAUGUAUACUCGUCGCUGGUGUGUCACAUUUUUAAACGAACGUUGAAGGAAAUUAUUACAAAUACGCGACGCAGUGGCUUGCGGGUGGGACAAAGUUUGGACCGCAAGACGGGCGCUGUUUACAUUGAAGGUGUUAUUUUAGCGACAAAAGAAAGAGAGAAGAGUAAUAAAAAAAAAGAUGAGCAAGAAAUUUUACAGUGCAAAUUAAAUUAAAAGAGUGAAAUUUAAGAGACAAUUGUUGUUGGAAACAAUUUAACUCUUACUAAGAACACGUGUGCUCAAAAUAAUAUUAUUGUACUAAGGUCUUUUUGAUGAUAAAAAGUGAAUAAUAGCAAAAACACAAAAAACGCGGCGAAAAAAGAACACGCGAUGGGUUGUUAUACAUUACGAUUAUUACGAACUUAUCCGGGGGUAAUUAAACACUGCAUAUUCUGCAUAUUUUUCUGGGAGUGGGACACAGGGCAGAUCAUCCAUUUGCACACAAGAGAGGCAUAUGUCUGUCGAACAGGAAUUGACACGAAGCAAUGCAUUCCUCACGCAAUGAGCUGUGUACAGCUAGUUGUAAUUAAUUCUCAAUUCAAUUAUAAUUGCAUACUCUCAUCACAUGCGCGCUCUAUGACAUUUAAAUGAUGACAAACAAAAAACGAACAAAAAAUCCUAAAAAAAUAUAUAAUAAUAAAACUCUCCGAGACUAAAAUUGUUUUCAGGUGAAGUGAGUUUCGUUUUUUGGGACGAAGUAAAAGACGUGUAAAAAUCCAGAAUACGCCUCCCUUUCUCAUCAUAUUGUUAUAACGAACAAGGAGUAAAUAACUGUCUGUGUAUACACUUUAGGAGUGUCAAAUAUAAUAAGAUAUUUUAACACACUUGCAUUCAGAGAAAAAAAGCAACGGAUAACUAAGAAUGUUUAAAAAGCGAUUUAAAAAAUAAAAUGAGAAAAUAAUAAAUUUCGCGAUCAAAAAUGGCAUCAAAAGAAAUUAAUAACGCUAAAAAUGUUUUCCGAACUCAUUUUGCGUCAGAUCGACGCGCGGCGGGGGCGGCGUCGAACGCGGCGGGCGCCUAGUGAAUAAAAGGGCACCUCCGCUUGGUGAACCGCUCUUGUCGCGCCCGCCUUUUGUGUCGUUGAUUCAUUAACCUACAGUAGAACACUCUUAAUUGUAUCUGUAAUUUAGGCAGCUGCUAUCUAAUCACGUUAGAAAUAAAAAAAAAAAGAGGGAGAAACUAACACCGCAGCAGUGUUGACAAAUUAAAAAUCUGCCGAGUGUGGUAUUUGUGAGAAUCAAUUUUAACGAGACCCUCAGUUGAAUUGAAAGUUUUGGUUCUUCGGCACGCCAGGGAAAAUAUUUCGGAUCAAGAAAAGUGUCGAUCCAAGUGUUUUCCUUGCCACAACGAACUCUGUAUGUUUGUCUAAUUAUAAUAUAAUAAUUGAUUUUUAAUACCAGUUUUCUCAUAAGCCAAUGAAGCCGCUGAUUGUAUUAACCCAUUGGAGCAGUUUGUCGGGACUUAAAUUUGAUUCAAACAGCGCGCCGGAUUGAUGCUCACGAAGCGUACGUUGAAUAUAAUAGUGGUGAAAUUUUAAACCGCGUGUGUGUUAUGAACGUUUUUUAUUGUCGGCUCCUUUUUCCAUACAUAUGUAUUGGCUCCGCAGCAGCAUGGGCAUGGUUUUUAAUAUGCGUACCUUUAAACAAUCAUCCUCGAGUCCACAUGCUUCUUUUACAAGUGAUUCACCUUGAGAUUUUAUCAGGACAGCAAAAAGAUGCAUAAUCCGUCCAAAUAUAAAAAGAACGAAAAAUAAAAAACGAUUCAAGCAUGCCCUGAGGAUACACACACACACUUCUUGGAUUUGCGAGCCAGACACACACAAACACACAGACCAUGCGUUUUUUUCCAACUCUUUGGCGCCGUUUUGCGUUUUUACCAGAACCUAACUAAGAAAGAAUCGUUUUGCCCCUGCAUCACACUCUUCUUAAAAAAAAAAAAAAAAAAAAUAUCUGAUCACAAUUAAUAAUUAAAACAAAAAAAGAAUACUGCCGAUGGUUGUCAUGUAGGCUUCGGAGGAUUGUUUCUGUUGAGCCUUCUGUGUAAGCAAUGCCCACGAUUUGACACUUUUUCGAUUUUUGCUGAUAACAAACAAACUAAAGAGUCAUUCAGUAAGCGGAUUCAGCCCGCCGAGGCGAGCCCAACGAGGAGGCCCUCUCGAAGUAAACCCUCUCUCUUGUCUCAUUGUUUCCCUUUGUCAAUCAAGCGCGCGAGGGCCUCCGCAAAUAGUGCCCGCGAGUGGCUGUGGGCUCGUCCUUCGGCGCGCUCACAGGGACUGAAAGUAUGUAUAACUAAUUUGACGCGAGAUGAAAUUUUUGCAAUACAGCUGGCACUGAUUGUGCAGAAGGCGUGUAGCGUGUACGUACAUUUUAAAUUGCCAGUACGGAAAAUUUAUACAUAUAGUUACUUGUCCCUGGUAUGUAAGUAAAAAUAAAAAGAUAAAAAAAAAACUUUAAAAAAGAUUUGCAGUGUAGUAGAGAGUAUCAGUUCAAUCAAACUGGUGCUUGCUCAAAUAAUACCAGGAUUAAUUAAUUUAAAAAGGAGAUGAAAACGAAGCGAUUUAACAGAUUUAAGACGAGAAAAAAAUACUGUACUGUAUCUUUUGCUUCUUCACCACAGUCGUACCGAUAUGACAAAGAAAGAAAGAAAUAAAGCUGUCCUAUCUUUUACACAGAAAAAUGUAAGCAUGAAAGCAGUUUAUUAAGAACGAUUUACUAAUUGGUUGUUGACACUUUAAACAUAUGAAUUUAUAGCCAUGAUGAGACGCGUACCGCAUUAUAUAAUAUACGGUGGCGGCGAACGAGCCGGCGGCCUCGUCCGUCCGCCGCGCCUUCGUUUGUGGCGGACGACGACGGACGUACACGCUCCCUCGCCGCCAUCCACACAAGUCACACACAACACACACACACACAUAAAUAUGAGAAAAAUAACAUUUGUAUUGAAGUGCAUGUUAUCAAUCAUUGAAUCAAAUGAUGUUUGUUAUUAUUAUAAUUGAGCUAUUACUUAUAUUUAACUCUUAUAAUGGGGUUGUUUGUUAGGAAGUCAGUAACAAAAUAAUAAUCAUUGUG